GGAGUAAAUAUGGAAUUCUAAUACUCCCAUGAUUCUCAGAAAUCCAAAUUUGGCAAUAGGCAGAUCACCGAUCCUUCUCAGAUGGAUCCAUUUCUCGAGCCACAGUCCAUCGCCCAAAUCCAAGCAUGGGAACAAAGGCCCAGCAGAUUUCCCCGAGCGAUUCCAUCUCUCCAACUCAGUGAGUCUUCAAUCCAUCCUUCUCAAAUCUCAACUCAUCCACACUGUUCUGAAUCUGUGUGCGACACAUUGUCACUGCUACAAAUCCAGAACGGAUAAGCGUUUCCCCUUGUCACCUGCAAAAAUGGCGUCCGAUUCCGGCCACAAAGCUACGAUAAUCGACGGCAAAGAAAUCGCCCAGACUGUCAGAUCUGAAAUCGCGGAGGAAGUGAGCAAACUCUCAGAGAAAUACGGAAAGGUUCCGGGACUGGCGGAGGUGAUUGUCGGGAGUAGAAAGUGUUCACUGAGCUAUGUAAAUUUGAAGAGAAAGGCUUGCGCGGAAGUCGGAAUCAAGUACUUCGGUUUUGAUCUUCCUGAACAAGUGUCUGAGGCCGAAUUGAUCGCCAAGAUUCACGAGUUGAAUGCGAAUCCUGAAGUACAUGGUAUAUUGGUUCAGCUUCGUUUGCCAAGGCACAUAAAUGAAGAGAAAGUUUUAGCUGAAAUAAGCAUCGAGAAGGAUAUAGAUGGCUUUCAUCCUCUGAACAUCGGGAAGCUUGCAAUGAAAGGCAGAGAUCCCUUAUUCCUACCUUGCACUCCAAAGGGGUGUCUUGAGUUGCUGUCACGAAGUGGAAUAAGUAUUAGGGGAAAGAAGGCUGUUGUUCUGGGGCGAAGCAACAUAGUUGGAAUACCAGUUUCUUUGCUGCUUCUGAAAGCAGAUGCAACCGUGACGAUUGUUCAUUCGCUUUCUGGUGAUCCAGAAAGCGUUAUCCGGGAAGCAGAUAUCAUAAUUGCUGCAGCCGGACUGGCACAAAUGAUCAAGGGCAGUUGGAUCAAACCGGGUGCUACAGUCAUCGAUGUUGGUACAAAUGCAGUUGAUGACCCAACCACAAAGUCGGGCUACCGGCUGGUUGGGGAUGUAGAUUUCCAGGAAGCUUGUAAAGUGGCUGGUUGGAUAACGCCUGUUCCCGGUGGCGUCGGCCCAAUGGCCGUCGCCAUGAUGCUCAGGAAUACUCUGGAUGGCGCUAAGCGGGUGAUCGAGCAGUGAUACGAUGUCGUUUCAGUGUUGCAUCAGUAAAGAAUAUGACGUUCCAUAUUUUGGGAGAUAUGAUGUUGUGAAGACUUAUUUUCGUUUGUUGAAAGUUAGAUAAAGAUCGAGUGUUCAUUUUCUCUGCAGGGACCUGCCUAAACGGAGUGGAGACCCAUUCUAAACGGGACGAGAAUCUCCAUUUAAGCUCUUCGUGGGUUGAGAUGGGAGACAAAGAAUACGUUCCUCGUCCCCGUUCCCACUUUUUUUUAGUGGUUUAAGAUUUUUUCAAGGAUUCUCGAUAGUGAUUCAAUCAUGAGAUGAGGAUUCGUCCUUCUUGGGAA